GCGGAUGUUCCCGUUCCUGUCCUUCACUGUGGCCGGGCUGGAACCCACGAGCCACUACAGGAUGUUUGUGGACGUGGUCCUGGUGGACCAGCACCACUGGCGCUAUCAGAGCGGCAAGUGGGUGCAGUGCGGCAAGGCUGAGGGCAGCAUGCCAGGAAACCGCCUCUACGUGCACCCGGACUCCCCCAACACUGGCGCUCACUGGAUGCGCCAGGAGGUCUCCUUCGGGAAGCUGAAGCUCACCAACAACAAGGGCGCCUCCAACAACGUCACCCAGAUGAUCGUGCUGCAGUCCCUGCAUAAGUACCAGCCCCGGCUGCACAUCGUGGAGGUGAAGGACAGUGAGCCCGAGGCCGCCUGCACUGCGUCCAACACACACGUCUUCACCUUCCAAGAGACGCAGUUCAUCGCUGUGACCGCCUACCAGAACGCAGAGAUCACACAGCUGAAAAUUGAUAACAACCCCUUUGCCAAAGGAUUCCGGGAGAACUUCGAGUCCAUGUAUGCAUCUGUUGACGCCAGCGUCCCCUCUCCGCCUGGGCCCAACUGUCAACUGCUCGGGGGAGACCCCUACCCGCCUCUCCUCUCCAGCCAGUACCCCGUCCCCAGCCGCUUCUACCCCGACCUAGCCGGCCAGGCCAAGGAAGUGGUUUCGCAGCCCUACUGGCUGGGCGCCCCCCGGGACCACGGCUACGAGACGGACUUCCGCGGCGUCAGCGUGAAGCCGGCCUUCCUGCCGUCCGCCCCCGGGCCCACCGUGCCCUACUACCGCAGCCAGGAGGUCCUGAGCCCCGGGGCCGGGUGGCCCGUGGGCCCCCAGUACCCCCCCAAGAUGGGCCCAGCCAGCUGGUUCCGCCCCAUGCGGACUCUGCCCGUGGAACCUGGCCCGGGAGCGCCCGAGGGCCGGGCGGACGAGCAGGCCUCCCCGGCACUGUGGACUGAGGUCACCCCCCUCCGGCCAGAGCCCUGCGACUCAGGACUGGGCGAAGGGGACUCCAAGAGGAGACGGGUGUCCCCCUACCCUUCCAGUGGCGACAGCUCGUCCCCUGCGGGGGCCCCUUCUCCUUUUGAUAAGGAUGCGGAAGGCCAGUUUUAUAACUAUUUCCCCAACUGAGCGGAGGGUGCAGAGCCGACGGACGGAUCCGGCGUCGUUAGGUCGGAGGCCACCGAUCCCCUGGGAGAGGGGCCCCGGGCGGGGAGGACCCCGCUCCCCCGCCCUUCCCCUUCGGUGGUUGCUCGGCGGGGAGGGAGGCCAAGGAGGAUUCUGGGGUUCACUCGCUGCGUCCCGGAGCGUCGCCCGCUCCUGCGCCUGCCCGAACUGUAGCCGCCUGCGCAGUGGAGAACAAAACGCCGCGGCCGGGAGGCCUCGGACAGCGCAGCCGGCGGGGCGGGCGGGCCGGGGGAGGGCUGGGCCCCGCCGCGUCCUGGGGGCGACUCCAGCUCUGUGCUCGUGUUCGUGUCCGAUCAGGAAAAGACCCGGGGACUCGGUAACAGCCAGCGCCAGGGCGAGGCCUGGGGACCGCGGGAGCUGGCCCGGCCCCCCUUGGGGACGAGAGCUUGGGGAGCAGAGGAAGGGGCUGGCGAGCCCCGCCUUGUUGGUUGUACAUACGCGCUUCUUUCUUUUUUCUUCCUUUUUCUGAACGGGGGAGGCUAUUUAUUGUGCAGAGAGUGGUGUCCGGGUGCAUUUUCACUGUCCACAUCGCUUUCUGGAAAUAAACAUCGAACUGUUGCAUGUG